GUGAGAGGGUGAGAGAAAGGGGAAGGGGAGGUGAGGGAGGAGCGUCGACAUCGACGUCCCAAGCCGUGAGCGGCCACUUGCCCACCAGCCAGGGGAUUUGCACGACUUGCCAAGAUGACGGAGGGGCCCAAGAAAGCCAGCAGAAAGUUCAAGUUCUUCAAGUUCAAGGGGCUCGGGAGUCUCUCCAACCUCCCUCGGUCCUUCACUCUGAAACGGUCCUCAACCACCCUCAGUCUCGGGUCCCAUCUGGAGCCUGACCCCUUUGAGGCUACACAGGAUGACAUGGUCACUGUCCCCAAAAGCCCCCCAGCCUAUGCCCGCUCCAGUGACAUGUACAGCCACAUGGGCACCAUGCCCCGUCUCAGCACCAGGAAGGCUCGGGACCAACAGGCUACCCAGGAGACCAAGGAAGUGGACCAACCCCACUUGGCGCCCCAAGGUCUGCCCAACCCUCCAGGCUUAGAGGCAACCAAGGAGAUGGUGGUUGGGACCAGUGUCCCCCUGGAGGACACCCUAGCAGUGGGACCCAAUCCUUCGGCGAUGGGCCCCACAGAAAAGCCUGAGGAUCUCAGGGCAGACGGAAAAGAAGAAAGAGGCCCCAGGAAUGUGCCUCCAGAAAGGGUUGCUGGAGAGCCAGAGGCUGGCGGGGACUAUGUGAAGUUCUCCAAGGAGAAGUACAUCUUGGACUCCUCCCCUGAGAAGCUACACAAGGAGUUGGAGGAGGAACUCAAACUCAGCAGCACAGAUCUCCGCAGUCAUGCCUGGUAUCACGGCCGCAUCCCCCGUGAGGUAUCAGAGACCCUGGUGCAGCGCAACGGUGACUUCCUCAUCCGGGACUCUCUCACCAGCCUGGGUGACUAUGUGCUCACGUGCCGCUGGCGCAACCAGGCCCUGCACUUCAAGAUCAACAAGGUGGUGGUGAAGGCCGGGGAGAGCUACACCCACAUCCAGUACCUGUUCGAGCAGGAGAGCUUCGACCAUGUGCCCGCCCUCGUGCGGUACCAUGUGGGCAGCCGCAAGGCCGUGUCGGAGCAGAGCGGUGCCAUCAUCUACUGCCCUGUGAACCGCACCUUCCCGCUGCGCUACCUGGAGGCCUGUUAUGGCCUGGGCCAGGGCAGUGGCAAGGCGGCCAGCCCCGCCAGCCCCUCGGGCCCCAAAGGCAGCCACAUGAAGCGGCGCAGCGUCACCAUGACCGAUGGGCUCACUGCCGACAAAGUCACCCGCAGCGAUGGCUGCCCCACCAGCACCUCACUGCCCCACCCCCGGGAAUCUAUCCGCAACUGUGCCCUCAGCAUGGACCAGAUCCCGGACCUGCACUCGCCCAUGUCACCCAUCUCCGAGAGUCCCAGCUCCCCCGCCUACAGUACUGUGACCCGUGUCCACGCCACCCCUACAGCUCCAUCAGCCACAGUGCUGCCUGCCUCCCCUGUUACCCGCCGCUCCAGUGAACCUCAGCUGUGUCCCGGAAGUGCCCCGAAGCCCCCUGGGGAGUCAGACAAGGGCCCUUAUGCCAGCCCCUCCCACACUCUCUCCAAGGCCUCCCCAUCCCCGUCACUCAGCAGCUACAGUGACCCGGACUCUGGCCAUUACUGCCAGCUGCAGCCUCCUGUCCGUGGCAGUCGAGAGUGGGCAGCAGCUGAGGCCUCCAGCCGGCAGGCCAGGAGCUAUGGGGAGAGACUAAAGGAACUGUCAGAGAAUGGGGCGCCUGAAGGGGACUGGGGCAGGGCCUUCAUAGCCCCUGUUGUGGAAGCCACCUCCUCCUUCAACCCCACCACCUUCCAGUCACUACUGAUCCCCAAGGAUAACCGGCCACUGGAGGUGGGCCUCCUGCGCAAGGUCAAGGAGCUGCUAGCAGAGGUGGAUGCCCGGACGCUGGCCCGGCACGUCACCAAGGUUGACUGCCUGGUUGCUAGGAUACUGGGCGUUACCAAGGAGAUGCAGACCCUAAUGGGAGUCCGCUGGGGCAUGGAGCUGCUCACCCUCCCCCAUGGCCGGCAGCUACGACUAGACCUGCUGGAAAGGUUCCACACCAUGUCCAUCAUGCUGGCCGUGGACAUCCUGGGCUGCACGGGCUCGGCGGAGGAGCGGGCAGUGCUUCUGCACAAGACCAUCCAGCUGGCGGCUGAACUUCGAGGGACCAUGGGCAACAUGUUCAGCUUCGCGGCGGUCAUGGGCGCCCUCGAUAUGGCUCAGAUUGCCCGGCUGGAGCAGACAUGGGUGACCCUUCGGCAGCGACACACAGAAGGUGCCAUCCUCUACGAGAAAAAGCUCAAGCCAUUUCUCAAGAGCCUCAACGAGGGCAAAGAAGGCCUGCCGCUGAGCAAUACCACGUUUCCUCAUGUGCUGCCGCUUAUCACUCUUCUGGAGUGUGACUCGGCCCCAGCAGAGGGCCCCGAGCCCUGGGGCAGCACAGAGCACGGCGUGGAGGUGGUGCUGGCCCACCUGGAGGCUGCCCGCACCGUGGCCCACCACGGAGGCCUGUAUCACACCAACGCGGAGGUCAAGCUGCAGGGGUUCCAGGCCCGGCCAGAGCUCUUGGAGGUGUUCAGCACUGAGUUCCAGAUGCGCCUCCUCUGGGGCAGCCAGGGCGCCAGCAGCAACCAGGCCCGACGCUACGAGAAGUUCGACAAGGUCCUCACUGCCCUGUCCCACAAACUGGAACCUGCCGUCCGCUCCAGUGAGCUGUGACCCCCGCGCACCCCUCCCCUCUGCAGCUGCGGGCAGCAACAGGGACAGAGGGGCACAGACCUCUCCCCGGAGCACCCCAAAGACACUGUGAUCAGCCCAAGAAUGUUCUGGGCCCAAAACCAGGAUCUCCCUUGCCCCUCCAGGGUCCUGCAGGACCCCAGGGCUCCAUCCCACCUGCUGCGUGCCCACCAAGUAUCCUUUCAGGAAGAACCGGAACCCUGUUCCUCCCUCCAGCUUCUGCUUCUCCUCUUCCUGCUGAGGUGCCCUGUGUUCGAGCCAUGGGAGGGUCCUUAUGCCUCCCCACUCUUCUCUGGGCAUCUGCCCGCAAUGGACACCAAGGCCUCCACCCGGUUGUAAAUCUGUCUGUUCUGUAAAUAGAUGUACAGAAGCCAUGUUCUUUCUUUCAUAUAAUAAACUUUUAUGACUCUUU